AUGGGUCCCCGUGAAGGGGAGACCGGCGGUGGGUCAGGCCGCCACGGUCCCUACGAUCCAGAGACGGGCAAAGGAAGCGGUCGCACACACGGAUCGUCCCUUGUGCUCUACCGCGGAGACGGACCUCAGCCCAAAGAGGGUGAGACCGGCAAGGGGUCGAAAAUGGCAUGCGACCGUCGCACACCAACACCACCGACGACGCUCGCUCGAACGCCUUUGACUUCAAACGACAGCAACAACAACGACGGCAGACUCCUUCCCAGCACAGCGGCGGCGUACAUCAAAGACUGCUUUUACCAUGGCGACAAGAUUGGCAUAGAGGCUCAGGCUUCGGAGGAGUAUUGUGGGAACAUUCAUUAUCGUCCGUAUCGUCUGCUGGUCAGACGAGGGUUUGGGAUGUCAUCAUUCGCUUGGACUUUUCUUUGGGUGGACUUUGUAGAUGAGGAAUGA